AUGGUUACUUUAUUAAUUCCAAUUCGCCGUCUAUUAUUAUUUCUUGUCCUUAUUCAAUCAGUUUCUCUUUAUAAACUCUAUGCAUCAGACAAUACCCCUUUGCAUUUAUAUAGUGAUUCCUUGUCAUCUUCGUACGAUAAAGAUAUCGAUCAAGCAUUACCAAUAAAAAAUAUAGAAUAUAAUGAUGAUGAUGAUGCAGUUUUUGAUCCAAAUAAUGAUGAAAAUUUAAUAUCAUGGCUAUCAUUUAUAUCAAACAUGCAACAAUAUCAAAAACCUUCAUCAAAACGUUCGAUUUUUCCAAUGAAAUUUCGUUCAUCCAACAAUUUAGUACAACGUCGGAAUAAUCGACCACAUUGGAAUCCACUUGUAGCUGCAUAUAAACGAUGUGGUGAAUUAGCAACACAUGAAGAGCGCGAAUCAUGUUUCAAGGAUGCUGUUCAAAGGCUUUUUGUUUUUAAGUUACGAAAAUAA